AUGACUCGCAAGUGCGUUUUAUGCAAAGAAACAAAUUAUAAAAAUUCCUACAGCUUUUUUUCCGCUCCUAAAGAUACAGAAACUCGGAAAAAAUGGCAAGAAGCUAUUGGGGUUAAAGAUUACGUUGUAAAUGAUGAAACAUUUGUAUGCAGUAGACAUUUUACUCCAGGAGAUAUAAUCACUCACUGGGUUAGCGGUGUACCACCUCAUGUAGUAACAAUCAAAUAUAAAAAAUGCCGACUACGUCCUGGUGCAGUACCGAGUGUGAAUUGUGACAUUGACAACAUGCAACUUGAAACAGACGAUGACUAUGAAGUCUUUCAGGUAAAUCGUACUUGGGGAAAUGAUGAAAGAGUAACUUUUACGGAUGGAAAAGAUCAAGUAUUUCUAAUUCCUCGGGCUGAUCUUAUAACUUAUUCCAAUUCCGAAAUCCAAAAUAACUCAUCUGAAAAAUCAAAAGAAGACGAUAAUGAGUUAGUUUACAUUACACAAACAAUUGACGAAGCUAAUUCAACUCUUGAAGAGCACGGUGACAUGAUUGUAGUUGCCGAUGAUCAAAUGCAAGAUUUGAGAACCCUUGAAGUUGAUGAAUCUUAUACAGUACGUGAUUCUGAUAAUACUAUUUACUUGAAAGCUAAUGAUAACUCUCAGUUAGUUUACAUUGAAGAGGUUAAUUAUCCUGAAGAAAAUGGAGAAAAAUAUGAAAAAGAGAAAACCAAUGAGUCUGCUACUAAUGAAGUUAAAGAUUACGAAUCUCAAGAUGAAGAAUCAUUAAAAGAAUCAGUUGAUUGGAAUUCUAUUGACACUGAAAAAGGAUCAAAUGAUGCUGAUGAAGAGAGAACACAUAGAAAUUAUGACGACAUGGCGAUGGAUGUUUUAGACCCUUUAGAUGAAGAGCCAAUGCUAUUUGAAGACCUUCUUGAUGUUUACAAUGAAGUCCGUUUACCAAGAGGCUGGUCGACAAUGGUAAUUUCUGCGGGUAGAGCAACAACUGUUAUUUAUGCUCGUAUGAAUAUGACUCAAACAGGUGUACCUUAUGUUCAGAAGCAAGUUUUUUUGAAGAGUGACAUGAAUUUCCAGUGCUCAGCUGCUGGAAAACAACUUAAUCCUUUGGAUCAUAAUUUAUUUCCAGAUGGUAGAAGUUUUGUAGUUCGUGGAUUGCGCGACGUUGAAGAAUUUAUAGAAGAAUUUGAUCAACGUGUAAUAUGUGAUGGUUUAGAGAAAAUGUCAUCUCUUGACGUCGAUAAUGUAUUAAUGUAUCGUCAAGAUGUUAAAUGGCGUCACAAUGACUGCUCUAUUCUCAUGAAAAGUAAUGGUACUCGUUGUUCGAAAUGUAAUUCGUUGAGCUUACCCUCUGUUCGUCGUAAACUAAAAAAGCCAUCCCAGCUUAAUGAUGAUGUAGAAAAAAGUGCAGAGCUUGUGAAAAAAGAUCAGACAAUUUAUGAAUUGCACAAACUUCUUUCCAAAAUGACUAAACGCAAUGAAAAAUACGAGGCUAUGAAAGAUGAUCCUCAAACAUUCAUUAAAAUGAUUGAGGCAUUGAAUAUUCCAGAAGUUCAAAAGUUAAUGAUCAAAGAAUCUUUAAACGCAACUUCAAAUAAUGACAAUGUAAAUUUUACCCAAACUUGGCUAUUUCUUGCACUCGUUAUUUACAUUGAAUCACCUCGAAUGUAUAGAUUUCUUUUACAAAAUCAAUACAUGAAUUUACCAAGCAUUCAAGUUAUGCGGCGAUACCUUCAUCAAAUAAAAACUGAUGCGCAAUUUUAUAAAUUAUUUCAACAAACUGUGGAGCCCUUUCAAACCAAGCUUGAGGAUAAAGAAAUAACGUGA